AUGUCACAGAUUCCGCUACAUCCACCAUCGCGCGGACUCGAGGGCAAAAUGGCCAUUGUCACGGGUGCAGGCUGUGCAGGAGAAGGGAUUGGGACCAGGCGUACCAUCUCGGUCAUGCUUGCUGAAGAGGGUUGCAACGCCCAGAAAACAGCGGAGAUGUCGACUGCAAGAUCGCAAAGGGCGAAAGCAUUACCUCUCAAGUCUGACUUCACUGUAGCUGCCGAUUGCGAAGCUGCUGUUCAGGCAUCGCUGAAAGAGUUUGGAAGACUCGACAUUCUGGUGAAUAAUGUUGGCAUUGGGGGUGCAGCCGGUAACGCUGUCGAAGUUGAUAAGAACGCCUGGGCGAAAGGUCUCGAGGUCAAUGUUGGUAGCAAAAUUGUCAACAUGGGCUCAGUUGCUAGUCUGAAAGUCGGAACUCCGUAUCUGCUCUACCCGAUGAGUGAAGGUGCUGUUGUACACAUGACAAGAGCGAUGGCUGCGCAUCAUGCACCAGAUGGCAUUCGUAUCGACUGCAUGCUUUACACGCCGAUGAUGUAUGCGGGUGGUAUGAGACGACGAAGAUUUACAUCCGUCAAUCGCAAAUCAACGCUCAAAACAUCGUCAUUGUUAGGCGACUGCGCCAUUGAUAUCUGA